UUUGAAUCAAGUUUGUGUUCUACUUCUAUUUUUCGACAAUUACAUUUUGGUUGCAGAUUAUUUAUAGUGCUCGGCCUCUUGAGUUUUGUCCUCGAAGCGGAAUAUCUACUAUCUGAAAAAUUCUGCUAGCUGCUGCCUGAGACAUUUCAUUUUCAAGCAGGGAUUCAUCAGGUGAAUGUCUAGCGAACGUCUGGCUUGGUGACCGCAACGCUCCUCUGCCAUCGCUGUCAUGCCCUGCACGAUAUCUGAGACAUGAAGUUGAACUUGGCGCACAGGUUUGCAAGAGCGUAACAGCAGCAUGGAUCAUUUUCAUGUCCUUCUAGCUGCCACGGGCAGCGUGGCUAGUAUCAAGUUGCCGGAGAUCAUCCGCAAGUUGGUAUCCGGCGAGACGGAAACAAUCCUGGAGGUCCGAGUGGUCGUAACCAAGACCGUGUCAGAGUUCGUAAGCCACGAGGCACUGCUCGAGGCUGGCGCAGCGCAGGUCUACUGUGAUGAGAACGAGUGGGCGCAGUGGCACACGGCGCACACCGUGCUGCACGUGGACCUACGGCGCUGGGCCGACGUGCUGCUGAUCGCUCCGCUCGACGCCAACACCAUGGCCAAGCUAUCCGGAGGCCUGUGCGACAACCUGCUGACGUGCGUUGCACGUGCCUGGGACAUGGCACGCCCUGUGAUCUUUUGCCCAGCCAUGAACACUCACAUGUGGACGCACCCGCUGACCAGUAAACAUGUGCAGGUUCUAACGGAUGAGCUGAAGUACUUGCAUGUGCCGCCAAUUGCCAAGCGACUCGCAUGCGGUGAUGUUGGGGUAGGCGCUAUGGCGUCUGUCGACACCAUCGUGGAGUAUACUCGUCAGCAGGUGGAGACAUAUGGCUCAGAGGCACGCAAACGCAUUGCAGAGUAAAUCUUGUUCAGUAUUCCCCAUCUGGCUGGGGGCAUCUGGCUCUCUCUCUCUCUCUCUCCCCCUGACUGCUACUUUUACAAUGCUGUCCUCUCACAGGUUGCCUUUUUAUUUUUUUAAUAAUGACUUGAUGUUGAUCUAAUUACCAUGCUUGAAAAUUACUUCAAAGUAUUGUGUUCCUCUCCUGUGAUGCUGGACAUCCAGUUUAGAAUAGUAUUCGAUGAUUUUAACACCCGUCACAUUUUUUACACUUUGAAAGUGUACGCGUAUGUCACGAAAGGUUUUUUGUUUUGCUUUCAUUGUCAACUUCAUGUUGUGCAACUGCUGGAAAACUUAAGGACAUGCACAACAACA